GUUUCGAUUCCCUGAAUGCAGCUUGGCGGUAACUCCUUGACUGUUGCCUGUGCAUGUGUGCUAGGCAUGGAGUCUCCGGUGUCCGAGGCGUCAACAGCAGCGGCCACGGACCGGACGAUGCAAAAGGACGCGGCAGCGAUGCCCGGGGAGCUGGAUGAACUACUCAUGAGCCUAUGGGACGACUCGGACAAGGAGCUGGCCGUGGGCUUCAGUUCCUGCGGCGCUCUCAAGGAGACGAGUGCCACCAUCUCUUCCCAAUACGAUGAUCAUUCCGAUCUGAGCUCCAUUCUGCCGACGACGUUGCCGACAUCCCCGGACAAGACUCCGACGCCGGCACAAGCAGAGCUCUCUGCGUCUCCGACAUCGCACUGCGACGUGGACCUACGGACCAGUAGUGACACUGGUGUCGCCCAGCACCAGCAGCAAACCACUCGUGCCAACAGCUCGUCCAAGCGCUUGGCGCCGGAAGAGGAAGGAGCAGAAGGCGGCGAGAGCAGCAAGAGGAGCCGGAAUAAGGCGCCGUGCUCCACCGCCGGCACCGGGACGGUGGCGGCGUACCCGUUCGACGUGGUGAGGCCCGGCGGCGCGGACGGCAGCGUGACGCUCGCCGACAUCAACCGGUGGAUCCUCACGCCGCCGGCCCGCCCCGUCCGGCACCCCGUGGGGGAGUUCGCGUGCGCCCCGCGCGUGUCGGCUGGCAACCGGCCGGCGCCGUCGGGCAAAACGGUGGCCGGCUUCACCAGGCUCCGCACCGCUGGCAGAGGCACGGUAACCAUCGUGAGGACACGAGGGUAAAUGAGUUGCACAAGCACGCGCAUCUUAUCUGAUGAAAAUUAGUGACUGGUUGUAGCGCAAAAUAGCAGUAGCAGUAGUAGUAGUAAAAAGGAAACUGGAGUCUGAUGAGGAUGAAUUUGGGAAACCAAGUGUUCAUCGUUCAUGCCGAGAAGAGCAAAGUAAGGUUGCUGCAGAGGCUUGUUUAGGGGGCUUGAACCAGGAUUCAGAACACAGGGUUGGGUUGUUGUACCAGGGGACAAGAAACGGCAAGGAAUUGUACAUUUGUACAGCUGGGGGCAGAGAUGGUUGCUGUCACUGAUGCUUUAACUACCUGAGAGUUCACGCAACCGUGCAACUGUGCAAGUUACGGUCCUGUAGUUUUGAGUUCAAGUGCAGAUGGCCCAAAGCCGUGGAGCCAAGCUGAAGAAUCUGAGGCCAACGAAAUUAUAAAGAAAGGCCCACCCAGUGUUUUCAAUA